UAUUAAUUGUAUGCAUUGUUGAAAUUUAGAUGCAUUUUAACGGUCGGAAUGUAAAUUCUAAUUUUCAGACCCUGCCCUGUUUUUUUGGCAAAUUUGCCACCUGGCUAAAGCCCUACUAUCUCCUCGCAGUGGCAUCCUCGCUCCCAAAAUGCUCGCCCGCCUCACUCGCCCCGUCCACCUCCGCCUCCUAUCAAAAACCCUAGCUUUCGCUAACCAGCCAUUCUCUUCUUCUCGUUCUAUCCUCCAUUCUCCUUCUGCUUCCCUUCCUCCAUCUCAGCCCCGACCUAUAGCUCCCUAUAGUUGGCCCCUUCUUGAUCAUGGCAGGUCUUUUACGAGCAGUCGAAAACCGAGCGGCGGUAAUAGCGACGACACCUGGAAGUUCGCUGCAGAAUCCGAGGAUACAGAUUCCAUCUUUAAGCUGGAUGAAGAGAACCUCUCUGGAAUCGGGGAGGGAGCCGAGGAUGCGCACGGAUCGAGCGAGGUAGAAACCGAGACAAGUGGAGAAUUUAACAAGGAAAAAAGUCCUUGGGAAGAAAUUUCUGCUGGUGAUGUGGAACGUGAUAUUUUUGACGGCAUUGAUCGGGAUAUUGCGUCGAAAGAGGGAGGCAGAGAUGCUGUGUGGGAGACAGCUGAGGGCUACAAGCCAUGGAGCAUGGGUGACGCUGAUGAAAAGGGUGAUGUUUUUGGUAUUGGAGAGGAAGUGGGGGCGAUGGAAGGGUUUGAGGCCGAAGGGGUUUAUGAGUUAGAGAAGGAGAGGAAUGAAGAGAAGGAGAAGUUGCAGCAAAGAGAGCAGGAGUUGCUGGCUACUCUAAAUGGUCCAAAUCGUGCAUUCGGAGAUUUAAUUGCGGCAUCUGGAAUAACAGAGGACAUGAUUGACAGUUUGAUUCUUUUAAAGGAUGUUCGAGGCAUCCAGGGCCUGCCUCCCCUUAGCGAAAUCGAAGAUAAGGCUAUAGCGAAGUUGAAUGCUACCUCUUCGAGAGCAGAGGUGGAGCGAAAAAAACAAGAAGAAAUUUCAAAAGCACGGGUUCGAAAGGUCGAUGAAAAAGGAAGGGCUUAUGGAACCGGUCGAAGGAAAUGUAGCGUUGCUCGUGUUUGGGUUCAACCCGGCGAUGGAAAAUUUAUAGUCAAUGAUAAGCAGUUUGAUGCGUAUUUUCCAAUUCUUGAUCAUCGUGCAGAUCUUCUUCGUCCAUUUACGGUGACAAAUACAUUGGGCCUAUGGGAUGUCACUUGUACUGUGAAAGGAGGAGGUGUCUCAGGUCAAGUGGGAGCUGUUCGUCUAGGAAUUAGCAGGGCCUUGCAAUGCUGGGAGCCAGGUUUUAGACCAUACCUUAAAUCAGCUGGCUUCUUGACGAGAGAUCCUCGUGCCGUCGAAAGGAAAAAGCCUGGAAAGGCGAAGGCACGAAAGAGCUUCCAGUGGGUCAAGCGAUGAGUUCAACUCACAAUUUUUCCUCAGAGUGCUCUAUUGCUGUUUGAAUAACAGCUUUCCAUUCAUCAAACUAUUGAGCAAAAGUCAUCUGCAGCCUCAGCAACCAAUCCCUUCAGCUCCAGUGGUUCAGUGCCUUAGCAAUGAAGAUUGCAGGUAGGCGUUCUUGGCCUAAUAAUGCUGUUUUACUCGUGUUUUAUCGAAGAAAGCCAUGUUUUGAUUUAUUAUUUUGAGCUGUUAUUACACAGGUUUUGAUUGUCAUUUUCAUUUCUGCCUAAGCAGGACAUGCAAUUUUAUAUUAUGAACGUUUUGGGGAUUUAACUUGAAAAUUUGUCUGUGGAGGUUUCAUGGGGAUUUCGACUUUCGAAAAUUU